AUUUCUGAAAGUUUUGUUUGUCUUUUAGUGAAUUUGCAUACAGCCAAUCAGAGCACAGGGGGCGUGUCUGUGUGCAUAAGCCCUGAAACACUAGUCCAUCUGUGUCAGUCGUUUACAUCUUAUUAUAAUAAGAUACGGAAGCCCCUCCCACCACUCUCCACCAAGCCAUGCCCACUUCUUCACCUGCUGUAUCACCGGAGCGCUGAGAGAUGAUCACUGCAGUCAUCAACAGCUGACAGAAACGUGAUGAAAUAAAAUAAAUGAUACUUUAAUUGGUCUAGUACUGAAAUAAUAGCAGGAGAGCAUUUAUAAAAGUUUUAUAAAUAUAAAUAAGGAAUAACGCACGUCUGAGCACGCUGCUCUCGGAUAGUAAUCAGCGCUGAGGGGCUGCGGUGCGUUCCAACCCCAGAGCUGAUGAGUUUCCUCUAACAGCAUGACCCCCGCCUGUUUUUCCUCUCACACCACAACAAUCUGCCAACCGUUUGCUUUAUUUAUUCAGAAAUAAAUGUCAUACUUUUUAUCCAUUUGUAGUUACGUUUAAGGUCCAUUAGCUCCUGUUCUCCCUGACGUUAUAGCAGCGAUAAACAGUCGUUUCCUCGGCCUGUUUUUUUCCCAACCUGCGAUUUUCCCAACGCGCUGACGCUGGAGACUCCUUCCAGCAGUGUGACAGAAAUGUCCCUGUGAAUGAGCCGUUACUAUAGAAACAAGAACAUUACAAUGAGUGCAUUAAUAUAAAUAUUUAUUUAUUAUUUAUAUUAAUAUAAAUUUGCUGCUAUGGAAAAUUAAUCAACAGUUUUUAGGGAACAUUUUAAAGGCGUCACGCAGUGGCGAUAAAAGUCGCAUUAUUCUGCACCAGAAUGCUUUCGAGAUUCGAAAUAAAUUGACUGUCGAGUUUUCAAAAGCUUCCCGCGGUUGUAAUCGGUCCUUAUUUGAUCAUGCCCAUCACUUGAAAUUUCCCGCGUUCGCAGCGCCCUCUCUCGGCCAAUGGAACAGCUGCGUGACGUCAUACCAGUAACCACUCGGUGCAGUUGCAAUGGCGGACACACCAGAAAAUAGGAGCGAUGCUGAGGAAAUUAGCUUUGAUUUUACCGAUACAGAAGAAGAAAAUGGCCCACAAGUAGAGAUUUUGACAGCUGAAUGUCCCGGUGGUAUCCAGCAUUACAGAUUUGAACCUGAGCGCUCAUCUUCAGAAGAAAAUGAGGACAGUUCUGACGACCACAGAAACGAAGACGAGAAUGAAGAAGACCGGCGACUUGAAGACUUGUUUUGGUUGGUUUCUCUGACUAAAUCACUACUUGUGUGUAUUUUUAAAGACCAUUUUCAUUUGAA